AAUAUAAUUAAUUUCAACGGAAAUUUGAUAAAAAAAAAUUGCAAAUUACUUAUAAUUUUUUCAUAGUUUUGAACUACCACAUCGUCCUUUAUAUUUAUCAAAAAGUUUUUAUUCCAUAAUUUCAUACUUCCGUUACCAAUCCGUCGAGGGCAAGGCCUGGCCUCCGACACUAUAAAUGCCUGUGCUUCCCAAUCCCUAUAAAACCCGGUAAACCCUUCUUCUCGAUUUCUUUUGUUUUUAGUUCGCAAAGAUGGCUUCAAUCAAUAAUCCUCACAACCCUGAACCCGCCGCAGAUGCCGCAACCAAGAAAAUCACCCUCAAGGCGGCCGACAACCACUGCUUCGAGGUGGAGGAGUCUGUGGCAAUGGAAUUCACCACGGUGAAAAAUUUCUUCGACGACAAUAGUGAGACGCUGACAGGCACUGUGAUUCCGCUGCCGAAUGUAUACGCGGUACAUCUGUCCAAAAUCAUCACUUACUGCAGACAGCACUUGAAGUUCCGUGCAGAAUCUGUGCCGGAGAAAGAGAGGAAGGCUUAUGACGCUAACUUCGUUAAGGAACUGAGCAACGAACAGCUGAGGGAGAUGAUAUUGGCCAGUAAUUAUCUGAAUUUUAGGAGUUUGCUGGAUAUGCUUAAUCAGGCUACGGCUGAUCUGAUCAAGAACAAGAGCGUCGAGUUUGUGAGAGAAUUUUUUGGGAUCGAGAAUGAUUUCACUGAGGAAGAGGAGCAAAGGCUCCGCCAGGAGAACGCAUGGGCUUUUGAGGGACUUGAUCAGGACUGAAUCUUUUUUCUUUUUUCUUUUUUAUUUUAAGAUUGCUUAGUUUAAAGUAAUUAGGUUUGGAAAAUAUGAUGCGCUUUUCGUACUGAUGGUUUGCUAGACUUCACCCCUGAUGUGUGUCCAAUUGGGUUUCUGCCACAGAUAAUAUGGAUUG